GCUCUACCAGUCUCAACAACGGAGGGCGCAAACGAAAUACUACGUUUAAUCAACCGGAACGAGCACGAAUUGUAUAUGUGACAUCGUGAUCCUUCCCUGCACCAAUCAGUUCAAAAUGCUGAGUCUGGAGGGGCACAAAGCCGUCGCCCUGACGGUAAUGUUCGUCAUAACAUUUUCGAUAUCCAUGCUGCCUCUCGCCGUGCGAAAAGCAUUCAAGAAGUAUCUCAGUCACAGCUACACGCAGACUACCAGAAGAGGGAGACAGCAGUCUCUGAAAUAUAGUAUACUUACUUUCAAUAUUUUGGAGUUUUUAUGGGCUCCUUUCAUUAGAUGGAAUGCUGUUGAAACAGAACAUUCUUACCAGUCAUAUAUAAACACCGGUUUGAGCGGAUGUCUUUGCUUUGGCGCAGGCGUACUCAUGUCCAUAGUGUUCCUGCACAUGACACCCGAAACACAAGAAAGCUUCGAGUACGCCAUAGAGAUGGGAUAUUUGGAACACACGCACUACCCAGUGGCUGAUGCCGUCAUAUGCUUAGGUUUCUUCAUAGUGUAUUUCAUCGAAGAGAGCGUUCAUUUUGGCAUCGACAGAUACCACGAGAGGAAGCAAAAAGCAGGCAGCAUGAAACUGACGACCCUCGGCUGCCCCACUGUGGAUGAGGCCAAGAUAAAGGCGCAGAAGAUGCGAGCGGAAAGGAAGAGCUCCGAAAUUCGCGAAUCGUUCGUCAGUCGGAGGUCCGUCGCGGGUCUCGCCGUCUACGCUAGUGCCAACGGCUACGUCAACGAAGGUUUUGAACACGAUCGAGACGGAGAAUCAGUCACGCGAGGUUCGGUGCCAAAGCCAAAUAAGCCGGUCAUCACUGGAAACGUCUCACUGAUCGGGACCGCGAUCGUCAUCGUCGCGCUGAGUUUCCACGGACUCAUGGAAGGGAUGUCCGUCGGUCUGGAAUCGGACAGUCAGGAUGUGUGGGUUUUAUUCGGCGCCCUCUCCGCCCACAAGAUCUUCCUGGCCUUCAGCAUGUCCAUGGAGAUGCUGGAAGUCGGGGUGUCGAUGAAGCCAUUUCUUCUGUCCAUGACGAUGUUCUCCUUGGCAUCCCCCAUCGGAGGCCUCAUUGGAGCUCUCGUCUCGGCCUAUACGGCAGAAUUAGAGACGCCAGCCAGCGUUCUGGCACCGGCAUUCUUGCAGGCGAUAUCCGCUGGCACCAUCUUGUACGUCACUUUCUGCGAAGUGCUUGAGAGAGAGAGAGCGAAGCAUGGAAACGGGCACUUGAAGCUUUUCGCUUUGGCUUUAGGCUUCAGUGUCAUGGCGGGCCUCGAAGCUGUUGGAGGACACGACCACCACCAUUCAGAUGACACUACAACCCCAGAUUUAGUCACUCCAUCGAUGUGGUAGGUCUGCUGGAGAGAGAGAGACUUCGCGGAAACGUUUGAUUUUAGGUCUAUUUUCAAUGUGAAGAAUCAUCUGGCUACAGCCACUUCUAUGCUGUACGACGCACAUCUGCACGUUAUUUUAAAAUGCAUUUUGUAAAUGGAAAUCUUUCUUGAGGAAAUUCAAUAUAAUCAGAUAACUAAAACUACCAUAAUGUAUUAUGAUAUCUAGCUCAUAAAAAAUCAUUUUCAAAUGAUGAAAACAGGAUACUAUCAAUGUUUUAUUUUAAUACCUGAGCCACGAAGGACAUCAUAACCAGCAAAACUUAUGUAAGCAUAAUGUUUUUCCUGGUGUCAAUUUUUCUUGUUUGGUAAAUCCAAAAGGUUGUUUUGUGUAUCUACAGUUACACUGAGUAUAUCUGAUCAUCAUGGCAUUUUAUAAAUAACCCAAUUGCAAU